AAGAGCUCCAUUUUGUGAGAGCUGUCGAAGCAGAGCCGAGCACCGUCCCCGCGAACAGGCGACACCUACAAUCGACAAAUAAAAGUCACAGUUAGCCGACGUACCGCUCGCUAACCAAGUUAUUAUCCGAAAGGAAAGCCAAUCUUAUCGUAUGUCCGAUAUCCAGAACCUCAAAACUUUUGACCCCUUUGCUGAUGCAACUAAGGGUGAUGACCGCCUCCCAGCCGGGACAGAGGACUAUAUCCACAUAAGAAUCCAACAGCGGAACGGCAGGAAGACCCUCACCACUGUCCAGGGCAUUGCCACCGACUAUGACAAGAAGAAGCUAGUCAAGGCCUUCAAGAAGAGGUUUGCAUGCAAUGGGACAGUGAUUGAGCACCCAGAGUAUGGUGAAGUGAUCCAGCUUCAGGGAGACCAGCGCAAGCAUAUCUGCCAGUUCCUCAUUGAGAUUGACCUGGCCAAGGAGGAGCAGCUCAAAGUCCACGGCUUCUAGAAGCUGCUAGCAGCCCUCUCCCCUUCUCUCCUAGAAGGCCAUUAAACUCCCCCCCUCUCAUAUGUGCUGCUGUUGCUCUUCCUCCCCCCUCUCCCCUCUUUGCAUCCCCACCAGCUCCUAUUAGCUAACACGUGAAUUACCUCUGACAAACAUGGGAUUCUGGAACACCACCGCCCCAUUACUACACCAGGGGGCAGGCUCGCGCUCACAAAGACACACCACUGCAGCUCCACACAACAUCAGGGAUGAGUGGUGAUGACCCUCCCACACACUUCCUCCUUCCUUUUCCCCUGUUUUGUUUUUCCUUUUUUUAAAUUUCUUUUUAGGUCUUGUGCCACAACAAGGAGGCACGGUUUCAUGUAACUUUUUUGUUUUGUACUUUAAGGUGUUUGAAUAAAACGUUGAGUCUCCACAUGUUGGAGUGGUGUUGUGGGGAAUAGGGGCUGGGUUUGCACAGGAAGGUCAUAGACUUUAUAACUAAACUGCUGCAGUGGGAACAUUUAGAAGAACUGCAGGUGGGAGUGGGGGACAGGGGGAAUGUUUCGGGAAGGCAUUUGCUGCAGAAGUCAGUCUCUGUAGUUUGCCAACUUAAGUGACUUCCCUCUUUUCAGUCUGCUUCAUAUCCCACUUGGCUGUGUUUCCAUGCCCAGCCGCCUGCUCUCAGGCUACAGAGCAGAUUGUAAAGUACUGACUUCUUCACCGCCUCAUCCAGGAAAUUUGUGUUUUGCUCUUACCAUAUAAUGGCACAUUUUUCUAAUUGUUUUUUUUGCUGCCAAUCCAAGUAUUAAAACUAAGCGGCCGUUCAGUGGUCUUUCUUUGGUUAAAGCGAGGCCUGUAAAGCAGAAGGCUGCGUGGGUUUAUUAUGUGAUCGGUGAACCCUCCAGAGUGGGAAGUGAAAUCUAAUACUGGUAAUAUUUGGCUGUUGCUUAGUUGACGUAUGCUUUUUGGAUUUACUGGUAAAUGAAUUGAGUUUCCUACUCUGGCCUGCGACCAGCCUUCUGGUGUGGUCUGUAAACAAAUUGAGUACCAACCCUACGGUUAUGAACACUUGAAUCUUUAAUUUCCUACAAUGCAAUAAUUUAUAAACCUGAGUAACCUAAAUAAACCUAAGUUGCUGAGGUAAUACAGUAUAAAAUUCAAGCCAUGGCCGGGUCGCACUGCUCUUGUGACAGGGUGAUGGAGAGCAAGUCUGUUUUGCAAAAUCCACAUUUGGUUCAAUAAAAUGUCUGCAGUUGAGCAUG